AUGAAUUUUAUUACAAUCUCUCAAGGUGUAGAAAGUACUAUGACUAAACCAUUACAUUACAUUAAUCAAUUAAGAAUUGGUGAUGUUUAUAUACCAACUAUUAGGGAGCAUGGUGUUACUAAAGAAUUAACUGGAGUAUUAGUACAAUUCAUCAUGAAAUAUCAUCAUGAUACUGGGUUAGACAUAAAAGAAAUAUACUUACCUCCAAGUAUAUUUUUCACUAAAGUUGUAGAACAAGAAAUAUUACCUCUGAAUAUGGCUUCUGAAGUUGUAGAACUUGCUUCCAACUUAUCACCAGCACUUCCCACAACCACUCAAAUAACAUAA